UAACAAACACAAAAGUUUUCAAUAAAUCCUUCGAAAACAAAGGACGUGACUAAUGUCGAAUUAUUUCUUUGAUAAUUUGGAUAUUUUUGACCAUUUCUUUAGGUUUUCUUCGUUUGACACUUAUAAAACAAUUUUGCUUGAACUUUUGUGGUCAAAGAAUUACGCACUACACCUUAAAGUUUUCAAUAAAACCUUAAUAUACCGAGGAAAUAAUGUAUUAGGUAACUUGAGUUUUUCCCCUUUUUUAACGUCCAUUUGUCUAUUAAUUUUAAUUUUUUUUGUUUAACACUUAAAAAACACUUCGUGGUAACUUUUGUUCACGAUUGAAAGUUAUUUUUUUUCCGCGUUGUGCAAUUUUCUUUUUCCUACCUAAUGCUCACAUUUCCCCGAUAUUCCUCAGGUCCGAAACCGUUCAAAUUUUGAAUAAACAAUAUAUUUACAAAUCAGUCCGGCGAUUGUUCCGGACACGCCAAUAUAAAUCGACCAAAUCAUCACUGAUCACGAUAAUCAAACGAGAUAUCACCCUAGUGUAAUAGCUUCGUGUCACGUAAGGGUGUGUGCAGUUUAAAAAAAAAUCUAUUCCCCUGCAUCGCUCUGUAAAGUUUGUUUUGAAUGAAUUGUGUCACCCAUUUUAACGAGAUGCCAGAUGAAAUGAGAAAGCAACCUUAUAAAAAGCACCAGCUUCUCGAGACGUCCCUGAAGCACCAGACGACAGAGUUCUUCGCCAACUCGACACUCCACGGUGUCCGUUUCAUCGCGGAGAAGGGUCGCCCGGCGUACGAGAGGCUCAUGUGGUUCAUAUUCGUCGCAAUCGGGGCGAUAGUCACGCUGAUCAUCAUCGUCUCUCUUUGGGACAAGUUCCAGACGAACCCGACCAUCACAGGCCUGGACACGGACUUUCACAACUGGGACGUACCUUUCCCCGGCAUAUCCCUGUGCCCGACCAACCCCGUGAGCCGGGAACGGGUCGCAGAACUCGCCAAAGCGAAAUGGGGCGAGUCCGCUUCCGAGGAGAAGCUCCACCUGUACGAGUCCUUCAUCAAGACCGUCGGCAACUUCUCGUACCGCAACUUCCCCGAGAUCGUUGGCUACAAGGACAAGGCGGAUCUGGAUCAGGGAGGCUUCAGGCAGCUCUUAUACAAGAUCGUCUACCCUUGCGAAGAGCUCAUGUUCGACUGCGAGUGGAAAGGCGAACCGAUCGGCUGCUGUGACGUCUUCAAGCCGACAUUCACGGAAAACGGAUUCUGCUACUCUUUCAACACAAAGAACGCAGAGAUCGACUGGCCAGGUUUCUGUCAGUACAGAAGGCCUGAAGGCAUCGAACCAAACGAAAAAUUCAAAGUGAAGGAGAUUUACGAAACAGACUCCAAAUGGUCUCUAAUGUUCAACGCUGAAAACAUAUCAUCAGUGAUCUCCUAUAACAUAUACAUACACGACUCAGAGGAGCUACCGAGCGCCGAGAUGGCACCGCAGCACAUCUGGGUCAAGACAACCAACAAGAUAUACUUCGCGGCCCGGAUGACGUACACGACGAACGACACGCGCCAGCUGACCGCCAAGCAGAGGAAGUGCAUAUUCAAGGACGAGGUGAACCUCCGCACCUACCCCGAGUACUCGUACUGGGCCUGCAUGACCGACUGCAGGAUGAGGUACUCGAUGGAGAAAUGUUCGUGCGUGCCUUUCUUCUACCACAAAGUCGAUGGCUUCCCUUACUGCAAGCUCGAUGGGCUUAUCUGUUUAUCCCAACACAUAGAAACUAUGAAGAAGGGGCUUAACUGCCCAUGUGAGCUAGGAUGCGACAACACUGUCUACGAGGUGGAAAAGCUAAAUGAUGCGCAGAUGGGGGAAGAGGACGAACUCGAGAUAGGAUUCGUAUCCUGGCCUAUGAUAAGAUACAAAAGGGAAGUGCUGUUCGGCUGGGUUGACCUACUGGUGUCCUUCGGUGGCAUAGCGGGACUCUUUCUCGGCUUUUCCCUCCUCUCGGGUGUCGAGAUAGUCUACUACUUCACGCUGAGGGCGGCGUGCAUGGUUUACAGGGACGGGGAACGGCUCUCCAUGCUGAGGGCGGAGGAGGCGGAAAUGCCGAAGCCCGAGAUCGACCUGAGCCUCAAGCCCAAAUGGGGUAAGGACAAAGCGAGACAGGACGAGAAGUUUGUCGCCAAGGUGAUGAACGGCGCGAGAUCCAGGGGGAAAGUGGCGCCCAAGGAACACAGGACCAGCAUACCGUUUCUCAACUGAAAGGAUUCGACGGAUCUUACUGAUAUAUAUGCAUUACACUUUGGGUUGCUUUAAAUAUAUACAUACAUAUAUAAAGACGCACAUUCCACAUAAUUAUGUUCAAUAACAAAUAAAAACUGUUU